AUGUCAAAUGGAUUAUCUCUAGAAGAAAUCAAUGAAUUGCAAGAGCUCAGAGGAUUACUCAAACGACAACAAGUUCAAGACGACAAAGACGAGCCGAGAAGCCUUCUAAACGAAGUUCGCUUGGAGAUGGAACAAGCUCCCCCAAGUCAACUCAAGAACAAGCUUAGACAAUAUGCCAGGAAUACCAGCAAAUAUGAAGGAGAUUUCUGGACAAAGAGUGGAACGGUCAACCGAAUUUACCUUCCAGAAUUCAAGAAAUACAACGUUGAUGCAGUGCAACACAUCAAUGCGAUCAGUAAGGGAGCCGACAGGCUCAGGACAGCAGCUCGAGGAGCAACAGAGCUUUUCUCAGACAUCCAAUAA